AUGGAUUCACAAAAUGAUACAAUAGAUUCAUUAAUUUUAUUUAUAAAAAAAAAUAGUAUCGAUGAUGAUUUAAUAUAUGUAAAAAAAAUAUUUCAUUUGAUCAAAAAAAAUAAAAUAUCCAACGAUUUAAAAAUAUUUGAUGAAAGAGAAAAUAUUUUUCAUAGCAUAGCUUCAGUUAUAUGCAAUAAACUAAAAAUUUAUAUCUAUUUAUUAAAAAAUGAAAAUUUCAAUAUUAUUUUUAAAAACUCAAUUUUGGAAAACAAAAUUAAUGAUUAUAUAAAAAACUAUGAUAUGUAUUGUAUUCCCAAGAGUUACUUAGUAAUAGAAUAUUUUUUGAAAGUUUUAGCUUUUUGCUUUGAGAAAAUAAAUAAUAAGGAUAAAAUACUUUUCUUUACAUUUUUAAAUAAUAUUUCAUUAUUAUUAGAAUUAGAAUUUAAAGAAAAUUCUAUAAAUAAAGGGCAGCUGACAAUUUUUAGCGAAGAAUUAAAUGUUAUAAUAAUAAAAUAUAUAAAAAAGUUGUUCAUUCAUAUAUAUCCAUUAAACAUAUUUGAAAAUUUAAAUGAAUAUGAUCUUAUAAAUAUACAUAAUAGCAUAGAAUAUUGUGAUACAGGUAAUGAAUAUGUUAUAUUUUCUUGUCUGGCUAAUGUUAUAAAAAUUAUUUUAGAAAAUAUAAUAAAGAAAAAUAAAAAAAUAAAGUUGAAAAGUUUAAAAUUAUUAUAUAUAAUUCAUCAAAAAAUAGAAAAUGUCUUCAUUAUAAAAAAAUUAUUUAAAGGAGUUAGUUUAAAUCUUUUUAUUCUAUACAAAAGUUGUGAUAUAAAAAAUUUAAGAAAUUUCAUUGUAAAAAUAUUUUCUUUAUGCUUUGAUAAAAUAUUAACACACUAUUCUUUUAUUCAAAAUGAUUUUACUAAAUUAUACUUAAAGAACGAGUGGAGAAAUUUUCAAAAUGAUUCUUUUAAUAAUGAAAAUUAUAAAAGAUAUUUUACUUUUUUAAAAAAAAACUCUCUAACAAAAGAGUAUUUUAUUGCAAAUGAUGAAAAAGAACUUAAUACACAAGACAAAAAGAUUAAAAAUAUUCAUUCGGAGAAAAAACAAUAUAUGAAUGAAGAAAAUAUAAAAAAAGAAAUUAAAGAUGUAAAAAAAAAAAUUGAAACAAAAAAAAUAAAAACGGGUGAAAUUAAAGAAGGAAUAGAAAAAGUAAAAACAGAUGAGAACAAAAAAAUUAUCUCAAAUAUUUAUUUUGUCUGUUAUUAUAUUUUGAUUAAUUAUGACGAUAACAAUAUUGAAAUUUUUAAUUUAUGCAAAAUCAUUAUUAAAUAUUACUUCAUUUUAAAUAAAAAUUUAGUUCUAAUGAGUUUUUUUUUUAUUUUAUCUCAAAUAUUAUAUGAUGAUAACAAUUUUUUACCACAUCUUUAUUUAUUAUUUAACAAGCAUAUAGCCCAAUUUUUUGAAUUAAAUAACAUAUAUAUAGAAGACUUAAAUGAAAUAAUUGAAAUUUUAAAUUGUAAAAAUUCAUGUAAUUUAAUUAAUUUAAAAAAUAAAAAAUUUGAAAAUUAUGAUGAUAAUACAUAUGAUAUUAAUAAAAGGUCUGACUUAAUAUAUAAUAAUACUUAUUUUUAUAACGACUUAUAUUCUAUUUUCUUUAAUUUAAUUAAGUUACUAAAAACAGAAGAAAGUAAUUAUUCAUUAAAUAGUAUUUCUAAUUAUUCUAUUGAAAAUUUAAAUCAUAAUAUCGAAAAUUAUUAUUUUAAAUAUAUGUAUAAUAUUUUUUUAUUCAAAAAGCAAGAUGAUAAAUUUCUUUUAGAGUUUUUAAAGGGUUUUAUUUAUUACAAUUUCAUUAACAAACAUAUUAAUAAAAGUUUAUUUCAUAAAAAGUUUAAUUUAUUAGAUUAUAUAUUAUACUUAUAUGAAAUAUCUGAUUUUUCUUGCAUAAAAAAUCAAAAUAAUUUAUCUUUCUGUACUUCUAAUAAUAUACUAAGCGAGGAUAAUACUCUUUAUUCUUUAAAUAUAUAUGAACAUAAAAAUGAGAAAGAUUAUCUCUUUAUAAGUGACGAUCUAGAAGAAGAAAUAAAUUUUCAUAAAUUUCAAAAUAUUAAAGAUGGAUUUAAAUUUCAAAAUAUUAGUCUAAUUAACGACCUAAGUAUUUUUUUUUUUCUUUUUACUGACGAGAACGAAAUAAAUAGUUAUUUAGAUGAAAUCUUAUUUUUUAGGUGGUGCGGUAAGGAAAAUGUAAUAGAAGAAAAAAUAGAAAAAGAUUUUACUUUAAAGAAUAAAUGGUGGGAAGAUAUAUACUAUUUCACUGAUUCCAAUGAAUCAAAUAUAUUGAAUGAUAACCAAAAGAAAGAAAAAAAAAUUCAAGAAAAAAAAGAGAAAAUAGAAAAAUUAGAAAAAAAUACUAGAAGUAAGAAAGAAAAUAUUGAUGAAACAUAUAAAGAAAGUAAAAUAGAAGAAAGAAUGGAAGAAGCAUAUAAAUUAAAAGAAAAAUACAAAUGUUUACAUUUCAUUAAUUUUUAUUUAGAUUCUCUAAUCAUAAUAUUAUAUAUACAUUUUAAAUUAAUGAUAAAAAAAACAGAUAAAAUACAAAGUUUAAAUACAAGUACAAAUCUUGAUAGCAUCAAUAAUUAUAAUUAUUACGAGAAUUUUUUAGAAAAUGAUUUAUUAAAAAAUGUUCUGAGAGAAUAUUCUAAUAUUUUUAAUAUAUUUUUUUCCUUAGCAAUAAAAAUAAAAUUUCUAAAUUUUAAUUUAAAUUUAAAAAAAAUAUUAGAAAAAAUAAUCUUAUUUUUGACUUGCAAUCAUGUAAAAAAAGAUGAAAUAAAAUUAAGAAAUGAAAUAAAUAUAGAUAACACUUACAUUUAUUAUUAUAUAUCCUUAUUAAUAAUAUGUAUAAAUAAAUGUUUUUGUAUAUUAUUUCUGUGUAUGUAUGAUGAUUUAUUAGAAAAAUACUUUUAUAAAAUUUUGCUCUAUUUAAUGUUAAAUAUAAAUAGUUCUUCUUCAUAUGUUAAAGAAUUAUCUAAAUAUACUGUUUUAAAUAUUCAUUAUUAUUUAAACGAAGCAAAAAAAAAUAAAUGUAAUGUUACUUUUACUAAAUGUGAUAGGAGCUUAGAAAAAAAAGAUAUAUCUAUUAAUAAGAAGAAUAAAAAUGAAAAAUAUAAUAUAUCAAAUAUAAUCAAGAUCUAUAAUGAUAUUAUAUCAUCCUACAUAUAUAAAAAAAUAAUAAAUAUUGAUUCAUUUAGUAGUUGUAAUAAAAUCUUAAACAUAACUCAAUUUUUAGCUAACUAUAAUUAUCAUACAUAUAUUUAUAAAGAUAUUUGCUUAAAUUUAAUAAAGUAUACUAAAAAAUUAUCUUUUUCUUACUUAACUUAUGAAAAUAAAAAUAAAAUUAUUAUCAUUAUUCUAAAUAUUUUUAAUUGCAUUUUAUAUAUAUUUUACAAGUAUAUCAAUAAUAAAAGAAUUCAAAUAUGUAAUGAAAAUGAUUACUUGAUUAUAAUGAAAAAUUUGUUAUUCCAAGGUUUUAUACACAUCAAUUUUAAUGAUUUAAAAAAUUUAAGUGAACGAAAAGAUAAAAAGAAUAAAAAAUAUUUUGAUAAAAGGGAGAACAAUGUUAUAGAAAAAGAAUUAAUGAAUGAAAAAAAUAAUAAAAAUUUUAAUAAAGAAAUUCAUGUUCACAUAAAUGAAGACAAUAUAAAUAAAAAUGGAAAAACUAGUGAUGAUAAUUCUUUUGAAAAAUGUUAUAAAUUUAAUAACGAAUGUUAUUCUUCUAUAGUUCAUAAAGAUGCAAAAAAAAAAAAAAAAAAGUUAUUUUUGCAUAAUUUCUUUUUCUUUAAAUUUUAUGAUAGCCUUUUUAAUUUAGAUUAUCUGAAUAUAAUUUCAAAUAAUAAUUUAAAAAAUGAAUAUUCAAAAAAUAUAAAAGAUGAUAUGAAAAAUAUCAUAAGAGAAAUAAAGAAAAAUAUCAAAUGUACGAGUAUUGUUAAUAUUUUAGUAGAUGAUGAUUUCUAUGAUAUAAAUGAUGAACAUAACAAGAAAAGAAAAAAUGAAAUAAAUAAUAAUCCAGAUUACUACAAAAAUAAUUUAUUUGAUAAUAAAUACUUUGAAAAUAUCAAUUAUAAAGAAAUAACUUAUUACUCAAAUAUUAGACAUACAGUAUCUCAUAUUUUUAAUUUUUCAAAACGAUUCUUAUGUCAUCAGAAUGUAUACGUAAGAUUUAAUGCUUAUCUCUGCAUAUUACGAUGUCUUUUUAUUUUUUCAACACGCCUUUUUGAAUUAUAUCCAAAAAUUCAUCAAAUAUGGGGAUAUAUAAAGAUAAACUUUUCUAAUAACACAUAUAUGAAUAACAUAGUAGUGCUAAAUAUAAUAAAUUAUAUAAUAACGAUUGAUGAUAAAUUUUCAGUUGAGAGAAUUUUAAGUGAUAUCAUUCCUCAAAUAUUUGACAAAUUAAAGUCUUUUGAAGUAAAAAAUGAAACAUCAGAACAAACCUACGAGUACAAAUUUCUAUUUAAUGUAAUGUUGUUCUUUUUAAAUAUUUCAAAGGAAGAAAAAUAUUUUGAGAAAACACAUGAAACUAUUCUUUUUUUUUGUUUAAAAUGUCUCAAUAAAACAAUUAAUGAAAAAAUUAAAAAGUUAUCUUUAAAUAUCAUUUGUAAUUUAUAUCUUAAUAAUAUCCCAAAGAUAAAAAAAGGUAUAGAAAAUUUAAUAAUUAUAAAGGAUAGAAUAAAUGUUUUAAAUAAUGAAAAUACAAAUGAGAAACAAAUAUUAAAUACUAUUUUUUUAAAAGAAGAUAUUAAAGAUAUUUUACUUGUUCAACCAUUACACUAUGUAUCAUGUUUGUUAAAAAUAGAAAAUUUUAAAGAAUUAAUUUCCUUAAUUAUACAGAUAGAUGAUAAUUUAUUGAAUUUCCUAUUAUUUUAUUUUUCUUUUUUAAAUAAUAAAUAUAAAUAUAAAUGUAGCUUAAAUCAGCAUUCUCUAAUAAUAUAUAAUCAUUUUAAAGAUUCCUAA